UUUGGUGCUGAUGCAGAUGACGUGAAGACAGUGAUGGAGGGAGAAUCUGUCACUCUAAACCCUGAUCUCACUCAAAUACAGAAAUGUUAUCUGAUAGAGUGGAGGUUUGGAGAUUCAGUCAUUGCUCAAACUGAUGGAAAUGACAUCUCCUAUCCCAGUCACACUGAGAUUUUCAGAGGCAGACUGCAGCUGGAUCAGUCUGGAUCUCUCACCAUAAAGAACAUUAGAACCAAACACUCUGGACUUUAUAAACUACAUAUCCACCACAGCACUGGGACCUUAAAUCAGAAAUUCACUGUCUAUGAGUCUCCAUAUGUCUGUGAUGCUUAUAAAGCUGAAAUGAUCGUAUCAGUGAUGGAGGGAGAUUCUGUCACUCUUCGGACUAAUGUUACUGAAAUACAAGGAAAUGAGCUGAUAGUGUGGAGGUUUGGAGAUGAAGGAAAACUCAUAGCUAAAGCUGAUAUAGAAUCCAUGAGCUUACCAAUUUAUUAUGACGAGAGAUUCAGAGACAGAUUGAAACUGGAUCAUCAGACUGGAUCUCUGAUCAUCACAAACACAAGAACCACAGAUGCUGGACUUUAUACAGUGAAGAUCAGCAGCAACAAACAGACUUUAUACAAGAGAUUCACUGUUACCGUCAGUGACUCCAUCCACUGCUGUGGUUUUACUGAAUCUGUAAUCCGAUUGGCCCUCUCUGCUUUGGUGGGCGUUGCCAGUGUUUCUGUGCUGGUUUAUGACAUCAGAUCCAGGAGUCUUCAACAGAAGAACAGCAUGUGGAAAUCACCAACAAACACGGUUUAAUCUGAUGUUCUUGAAUGACUG